AUGAAGCAUUGGUACGAUGCUCCCAUCGUCGAGGACUUCAAAGCCUUAGAUGUCGUCAGCCCAAAAGAGGUCGUCCAGAAGGCCUUGGGUGACUUCAGUGUACUGAUAGACGCUGUCGCGGCCACGUUGAUGGAGAUCAAGACGUACAUGUGCACCGACGACACUAUAGAUGUGUCCGAUGGCGUCAUCCUGCCGAUUCUUAUGAUUGAAAACAUGCGCAACUCUGACAUCGAGGGUUUCAACAAAGUCAUCGCCUCAAAGUUGGAAGAUCUAGAUCGCCUGGCAGCCAGGGGAGAGUUGAGGCUGUAUGGAAGGCAAGCUUGA